AUGGAAGCCAAAGAAUUGACUGAAAACUCCCAGGCAAAUCUUACUUGCUCCCUUUGUCUGGGCUACUUCACAGACCCAGUGACUGCCAAAUGUGGGCAUAAUUUCUGCAAAGACUGUCUUCUCCAGUGCGAUGAGCAACCUGAUGCUACAAGAACUUGUCCAGAGUGCAGAGAUGUCAUUAGAUCCAGUGACAUUGUGCUCAGCAAGAACCUGCAGAAUUUGUCCAUCACUGGCAAAGCAGUCAGACAGCAUUUGUUGCUGAGCCCGGUACUUCUGACCACCUGUGAACAACAUGGAGAAAAAGAGAAGCUCUUCUGUGAGCAAGACCUAAAACUGAUUUGUGAGUCCUGCUUAUUAACAGAAGAGCACAAGGAUCACCAAGUUCUGCCCUUGCAAAUGGCUGCUGACAAGUACAAGAAGAAACUUGAGGAGACAAGGAAUAUGUUACUGGAAAAGAAGGAGAAAUUUAAAGAGGCACUCAAGAAAUUGAGAACAUCAGUGGCAAAUUAUAAGAGGGACACAAAUCAAUUUAAGGACAAAAUUAAAUCUGAAUACUUGGAUAUGCGUGUUUACGUGACAAUAGAAGAAAAUGAAAGUCUGGAAAAAAUGAAGGAGGAAAUAAACGACAUACUGACAGCAGCUGAGGAGAAUGUGGUUUCUCUGUCCAAAAAAUCUCAGGAUCUGCAUCAAAGGAAAUUAGAAAUAGAGGAGAGUUUGGACAGUGAACCCUUAGAAAUGAUUCAGGAUAUGAAAGGCAUCCUGGAAAGGGAUGAGGAGCUGCUUCUUCAAGAACCAGAGACUACUGACUUUAAUUAUACACGUUAUCCCAUGACUGGUUUAAUGCACAUUAUCAAGAGCUAUGAAAGAUCUCUAAGAAUAAAGUUCUGCAGCUGCCGCAAACGCAAGGAAACCCCACUACUGGAAGAACCGCACCCAUCCCACCGAGAGAUUCCAGAAGGUCACUCAUUGAUCGGCUUGGUGGCCACCUCUCCUGGUCGAUUCUUUCCCUUCCCCGCCGUGCCCACGCCCCGGGGACACCAUGGCACUGGUCCCCGCGGCUGGGAGCUGCUGCAGGGGGCGGCUAUCGCGUGCAAUCAAGGACACUGGCCUCGCGCGCGGGUCUGCUGCCGGGAGAAGAGCUCAGGCCUGGGAAGCGCGGGCCAGACACUGCGGGAGACUGAGGGCGCGAGCGAGAGUGACAGGAACAGGACUGCGGGCGCCAAGAACCUAGGAUGGCUUCGCCCACCUCCCCCGGCCCAGGAGGCGGGGCCUCUCCGCCGCCGUCGAACCCUACACGGAUUCGUCAGGUGGGUGUCCGCCCGCAGCCCCCUAGGCGCGUCCUGCAGAGCCCAUGCCCCCUGGGGCGCACCUGAUAGGAAACUCACACUUGGCACCCUUACACCGCUCUGGGGGAUGACAUUGCCUGCAGGUGUGACUUCGACACCCACGCGCGCAGAAUGA